AUGCCUUCGGCCGGCCAAAGUUUGCUCGAGAUCGAUAGUCUCGAGAUACAUGUGCUCGUAAACGAUGAGAUCGACCAGAUAUCACCAAGUCCGAAUCCUCUAGUCAAGCAUACACAAUCCUUUGCUGGAGUGCCCCUCAGCCCAGUCCCCGACCCGGCAGCACGGGGCGGAGCUAAGCUUGAGAUGCCAAUGCGUAACAUUUGUUGCGUUAAUAGCGGCAAAGCAGACGACAGUCCAGUAGUUGUGGCCUUGCCUCCCAAUAGGCCCGACUAUCGUGGCGUCAUGUUUGACGCGCCCGUGUCUCUCGAGCCGGAUCCGACUCUUCAGGAGAUCCAAGAUGCGGGUGGGAACAUCGAAGUCAUUGACCAAGGACGCACGGUGCUAGACGGCAUGUUUUUCAUCUCCGGUGAUAUUCCCCGGGAGACCUCCUACGAAGGCGGCAUUCCUGGCGGUAUUAGAUAUAGUAUAGAAAGUGGAAAAUGGACCAAGGACGAGUUGAUUAUGGAGGAACGGUAUGUCAUGUGCAAUAUCAAGGGCAAGGGCUUGGUUAUCUUCACCGGCUGCAGUCACGCUGGCUUGAUAAAUAUUGCCAAGAAUGCGAAGGAAAUCACCAAUAAUCCAAUCCACUCCAUAGUCGGUGGCUAUCACCUAGCCGAUGCUUCGCCCGAGAAAAUGAGCCACAGCAUGAGAGAUCUAAAGGAGCUUAAGCCAGCUCUUCUCAUGCCGGGCCAUUGCACUGGGUGGAGGUUCAAGGGACUGAUUGAGAAUCAGAUGCCUGGCCAAAUGGCUCCCAUCUUCGGCGGUAUUAAAUACGUUCUUUAG